CGCCGAAUCGAGCAGAUCACCGUGGAGGGGGGUAUUGUCCGGCGGCUUCCGGCGAGGGUCGCCGCUGGACCUUCAGUUCUGCGGUUCGACUCUCGCCGAGCGCACGCGAGUUCCAAAUUUGUUCGCACAAAUCAACCGGCAGCUAGCGAAUCGAAAACACAGACAAAAGCUGCUGCGUCUCGUUUGAGCCGAAGCAUGCCAACGUAGGCCCGAGCGACGCCUUGAGAAAUUCACCAGCAAUAAUGCCCAGGAAAAGCUACUUGCCAAAUAUCAUGGAAGCGCUCGCUGUCGUCACUGUGCUCAGAAUGCUGACCGAUGCCCAAACCGUGUGCAACAACGGAGUGGGUCGGCUGGUUUACGAAAGGAUUCCGGACAUGCAGCUUAGUGGAUACGAUGACGACGUGGUUAGGGAUUCUUCGCCGCCGCUGCGCGUGUUGCAGCGGUGCCAGGAGCUGUGUCUGCGCGACGUGACGGCCGUGAACAAGUUGAUCCGCAAGUGCACCAGUUUCGACUUCCAACCGGGAAGUCGAAUCGUCAGCCCGCCCAACCCUUACAACAACCCCGUGCAGACAAAAACGCCCGAGUACAGCGAGUCCGUGUGCUACAUGGCCAUGGAGCAGCCGCAACCCGAGGGCAACGGCGAACUCAAACUCGUCCCCACCAGCAUGCACUUCAACGAAAUCUGCCUCUCUUCUAAUCGAAUUGAACGGGACUGUCCUAAUAUGCGAUAUGUAUUUGAGCGGUACCCUCGGAAGAGACUAAAUUUGACACCAGGCAAAGGUGUCAAGGAAGUGCCGGCCUCUAAUAAGACAGAGUGUGAGGAAAAGUGCCUGAACGAAUUCAGCAUGGUUUGCCGGUCUGCGUCGUUUUCCGCUGCCAGCAGGACGUGUUUGCUGAGCAGCUUCACACGCCGAACGCACCCUGAGGCCUUCGAGGACCAUCCGAACACCGAGUAUCUCGAAAACACCUGCCUCAACCAGGAGCGUCGGUGUGACGGAAUGAUCGUAUUCGUCAAAGAGGAGAACAUAAAGCUGGGCGGACCGUUCGAGAUGGAGGUUUUCUUCAACCUGACGAUGGACGAGUGCCAGGCGCAGUGCCUUAAGUCGGAAAAGUACUUCUGCCGGUCGGUGCAGUACGACCAGGACACGCGGCAGUGCAUCUUGUCGGACGAGGACUCGGUGUCGCAGCGCGAACAACUGCGCUCCACCACCGGACACCUGCCGAGACCCGGCAUGGCCUCUUCGCACCGCUCCAUCGGCCGAUACGACCCUGCUGGCCCCUCCCACCAGUUCCUGUUCGACCUCGUCUGCCUUGACAGUCGUAAGCCCCGUUCGAACGAGGUGGACCCACCGGUGACUUCGCACCUGUUCUCGGACCGCCGUCCGGACACCGCGUUCCAGCGGUUCCGGAACAGUCGGUUGGCGGGCGAGUUCCACUCGGAGAUCACGGGCCGCUCGCUGGCCGAGUGCCUGGACGAGUGUCUGCGCCAGGCGAGUUUCCAGUGUCGCUCGGCCGUGUACAGCGAACGCUUCCGCACGUGUCGCCUGAGCCGCUUCAACCAGAAGGACGGUUACCGCGUCAUCUACGACGCCGACUACGACUACUACGAGAACCUGAUGAACGUAGGGCCCAAACCUGAGGGCAGCAGCACCAACGUGCAGCACCAACCCGCCGCCACCCAAAUAGGUGGAGGCGGCGUUUAUCCCCUUGGAGGCAGCAGCGGAGGCAGCAUCGGUGGCUACGGCGGUGCCCCUUCGAGCAGCUCCUUCGGCGGAGGCGGCUACGGAGGUGGAGUCGCCAGUGGAGGCGGUGGAUACGGAGGUUCCUCCGGGGGCGGCGGAGGUUACUAUGGAGGAGGCGCGAGCAACCUUGGGGGUGGCAGUUUUGGAGGCGGCGGCGCCGGUUACGGAUUUGGAGGCGGUUCGCCAUCGGUGGGCCAGUACGGCGGAGGCGGAAUCGGUGGACCUGCUAUCGGUGGCUACGGCGGAGGCGGACGACCGCCCCCAGGGCCUGUGGGGCCGCAGGUGGGGCCUUACCCUGCCGCAGGUCCGACCUUCAGCGGAGGCAGUAAUUUCAUCGGAGGCGGCGGAGGAUAUGGCGGAGCUCCGAGUGGAAGCAACUUCGCAGGAGGCGGAGGAUACGGUGGAGGCGUCGGGGGCGGCAUUGGGGGUGGCAUUGCCAGCCACCCUGGAGCCGGCGACUCCUUUUACGGGGGCGGAGCACCUUACGGCGGCCCUGCCAAACCGGUCAGGUGCGACGAGGGCGACGCUUUCCGUCAGGUUGGAGUGCGCAUGCGCAUGCGACAGGCUUACAUCAGAAGGUUUACUUCCGCUCAAUCUCUGCUCAUGUGCGAAAGGGCGUGUAUUGAGGCGCAUGACUUCAUGUGCAGGUCCUUCAACUACAGGGCACCAUCACACUACGCAGACCGUGACAAUUGCGAGCUGAGUGACCGCGAUUCGCGAGAGUUGGACCACAACAACCCAAUAUUCUUCGAGCAAACGGGUGAUUCGGACUUCUAUGAGAGAUUUGGCGGCCGAGCUAAUUCUGAUUGCCUUGACGUGAGUCAAGUUUGCAGCGAAGACGGAAUGGAGUUCACUUUGCGCACGACGGAGCCUUUCGUGGGCCGCAUCUACACGUACGGCUACUACGACCGCUGCUUCUUCCGCGGCAACGGCGGCACCGUCAACGUGUUGCGCGUCAGUGGCGCCCACGGCUACCCUGACUGCGGCACCCAGAGGCUCAAUUCGAGAGGCUACCGCUACGACUACCAACACGGCGGCGGUCCUCCGCAAGGGCCGCCGCACGCCGGUAGUUACGGCGGCGGGCCGCAGCACUACGGUGGCGCUGGCUACUACGGAUCAGGGGCACCAGGGCCGGGACAAGGACCCGGCUACCCUGGACAGGGACAGCAUCCGCACGGCGACAUGAUGACCAACAUUGUGGUGGUGCAGUUCAGUGACUACGUGCAGACCGGUCGGGACAAGCGGUACAACCUGACUUGUCUCUUCCGCGGACCCGGAGAGGCUGUCGUAACCUCAGGCUAUAUCGGCGCAGGUUCUGGCAGUCCGAUUCCCAUCGAGUAUUUGCCGGCGGAAAACUCGCUGAGUUCGCGAGUGCGUCUGCUAAUUUUGUACCAGGGCCGACCGACCACGACCAUCGCCGUCGGCGACCCUUUGACCUUCCGCCUCGAGGCGCAGGACGGGUACAAUUACGCGCAGGACAUCUUCGCGACCAACGUGAUCGCUCGCGACCCCUACACGGGCCGCUCCAUUCAACUGAUCGACCGAUAUGGGUGUCCCGUGGACAACUUCGUCUUCCCUGGGCUGGACAAGUCGAGGGAGGGCGACGGUUUGGAGGCGCGAUUCAACGCUUUCAAAAUCCCAGAGUCCAAUUUCCUCGUGUUUGAGGCCACCGUUCGCACUUGCAGGGACGGCUGCCAACCGGCUUACUGCACUGGUCACACUGGCCGAAGCGACCCGUCCUUCGGCAGACGGCGUCGUGACGUCAACGGCACCGUCGAGCUGACCGACAGCAACGGCAACAACAACAUCAAUGGGACCGAGGAGGAGGAGCACGUGCGCGAAAUGAUCAAGGUUUUGGAGAACAGGAACGAAAUGGUCGAUGGCGAUGAGGACGUGGCGGGAGCGCAGGCGUCAGUGGGACUGCUCGCGGACGCCGUCUGCCUCACCGCCGGCGAGUACUACGGCCUCAUUUCGGCCGUCAUCAUCAUCCUCGUCGCCCUGAUCGCCACCGCCGGCAUCGCCGCCCUGGCUUACAAGCGGUACUGGUCGGUGCAGAUGAAGAACGUAUCUGCAGACAGGGCGUCGUCCAACAACUUCACCACCUGCUCCAGAAGUCACGGUUCUUUGGCGUCGCGAGGUGGAGCUUCUGCCGGCAACAGCAACUUUAGUUUCAUGAUUCCCACUUUUACAAGACGUGUCUCGAGUGAGGACGACUGCAGUUCGACGGCGCCUGUGGUGACGGUGAGCGGCAGCCGGCCGACGUUCGACGACCCGAGUGAGCCGAUCUACACGGACCCGUCGCUUUUCGAGCGUUCGCGAAGUUUGCGCAGCAUCGCCGCCUCGCAGGCUGGCGUGCUGCGUCUGCAGUCGCAGGAGGACCGAUCGUGACCUGCUGAGUGACAAAAUCGCGAUCAAGGGCCAAUUGGACACUUCAAAAUUUUGAGAAAGAGAGAAAAGUGAGAAAGGACGGACGCGCAAUGUGUCGCACUUUUAGCCUCUAAAGAAGAAGAAGAAGAUUUUUCGUUCGGACUCUCGGAAGGACGGUGCUAAAUUUCGGUGGCGGGAAACAUUUGAAAAUUUCGGAUCAUUUUUGGGCAAUCAUCAUAAAGCAAAGGGCGCAGAAUAAUUAUUACUUUUUCCUCCUGUGCAACGCAACAAGUGCUCGGGUGGCACUAUAAUAAAAACAAAUUCGAUUUUUUUUUUAAA